AAGAAAGAUGGAUCUCAAAAGUUUAAAAGCAGAAAUUGAGCGUAAAAAGCGACAACUGGAGAAGAACAAUGAUAUAAUGGCUCCAAACAAGAAGUAUUUCAAACGUGGAGAUUUGGCAGCAAAACAAGAAGAUGAAUAUUGGAAAAGACAUAAACAGCUUAGCAAAGAUCAACAAACAUCAUCUCAGGUAGUAGUGAACAAGGAAGACAAUAAAACAAAAGACAAAGAAGAAAAAGUACCACAACUUCCCAGGAAAGAAGUUAUACGGCGUUUGAGAGAACGAAACGAGCCAAUCAGACUGUUCGGUGAAAAUGACUAUGAAGCCUUCCAGAGACUUAAGAAGCUGGAGAUGCUUGAACCAGACAUUAAAAAGGGUGAAGGUUAUGAGAAUGACUUCAAAGCUGCCAUGGACAGAGUAGAUCAGGAAUUCAUUAACGAGAUCAUCAACGCUGGUUCAGGGCAGUCGUCUAACAAUGUAGCUGUGAGAGACGAUGGAACAACGGAAGAGGACAUUAAGAAAAUGAGUGAUGAAAUAGGGAAAAAUGGCAGUGAUAGAGAUCAAGAAAUAAUUUUACGGUUUUUAAAGUUCAUCCUUAAAAAAUGGGGUGAUGAUCUAAAUUGUCGAGAUGAAGAUAACAAAAGGUCAAGGACAGGAAAAGAAGCAAGUGCAAUCCAUGCACAAACAGUGUCCUACCUCAAGCCACUGUUUCGGAGUCUGAAACACAAGACAAUUGAUGUAGAUAUUUUAGAAUGCUUGGUGGACAUCUUGAAAUUUUUAAUGGACAGAGAUUACAUUAAGGCGAAUGAUGCCUACCUGGAAAUGGCAAUUGGCAAUGCGCCUUGGCCCAUUGGAGUAACUAUGGUGGGUAUCCACGCACGUACUGGUAGAGAGAAAAUCUCAUCCAGGAAUGUCGCCCAUGUACUUAACGAUGAAACUCAGAGAAAGUACAUACAGGCACUUAAAAGGUUAAUGACACAGUGCCAGAGAAUAUUCCCCACAGAUCCAUCACGGAGUGUUGAUUACAAAAAAGAUCUGACAGUAUGACAAAAUAUUGCCCACAGAUCCAUCUGGGAAUGUGUAUUACAAAAUAGAUGUCAAUAUGACAGAAUAUUCUCUACAGAUCAUUUUUGAGAUGUAUAUUUUAAAAAAGGUCUGACAGUAUGACAUAGAACAUACACUGAUGUAUGGAUUUAUGUUAAACAUUUGACGAUAGUUUAGAAGUCUGUCAAACAAAAGCUUUGAAAAUAACCAUUGCCUGGUGUCUGUUAUACAUAGUUACCAAGCAGAAUAAGGAUAUUUCAGGUCGAACUUUACAAAAUAGCAACUACAAAAUACUAUUUGGCAUUUUUAUUAUGUAUGUGUGUGAACGGCCAUAUUUCAAAGAAUACUCACAAUGAACCAAGAAAUUUCAGUUGAAAUAAUUUAUUAUAUGACGGACUUCAAACCAGGAAUGGAUAACUGGUGAUUAUAUACACACAACAAAACUGUAAUAGUCAAGAGCAGGACAGUGAUGACUAUAGUGGUCAGAUAACUAAGUCAUGUGAUCAUCAUGUGACAAAGAAAUAAAAUAAUGGUGUAUAUUUCAUAUUGUCAAUUAUGAGGUUAACUUGCUGUCAUUUUUGAUGUGCAUGUCAGUGAAACAGACAUCCAUGGGGAAAAAAAUCUGUUUCUUUUUAUGUCAAGUUAAUUCAGAUCAAUAACUGAUGUUACAUUUUUAUUGGUUUUGUUGUAACUCAUGAGCAUAACUCUUGAUUUAAAAAUCCUGUUGAUUCUACCAGAACUAAUUAAAAUGUACAUCAGAAGUGUCAAA